AUGGAUGGCAACUUCAAAGCAGAGCACCUUCAUCCUACUCACCCGGAAGACGAAGUCUGGUUGACUGAUGGCCAGUGCUUCAUGGUUUCCAAAGACCGAUAUAAGGCUCAUCUAGCCAUUGCCAAAGACGUUGUUCAACCGUCCGAGUGCAACAAUCACCGAGCUGUAAACCAGGCCAAUGCGUCACGACACAAACUAGAAGCUACCGGGAUAGGCGGGUGCGCGUGCGCCCGCCACGGCUGUUUUGUACCUCAUUCGGUUGUGGAUUUUCAAAAGGGCGAACAGCAAAUGAAUAUGGACUACGCCCUAUGUAACGCGUUAAGCCACCGCACAAAUGGGCUCAGUCAAGCUUUGACAUUUUAUGACAUUAAUUGUCAGUAUAACAAGCACUUCCGGCGUCGGGUGAACGAGAGCCUCUAUUUGAGCCUCCCUUCUGGAAUGGAGAUCAUACUGGGAAUUGGCCUCUGGCAUGUUCAUGGACACCAAGACAAAUGCUAUGUUCGGUACGCAUCAACGUUUAUCACCGGGGCCGCUAGGAUCGACGGAGAAAUUAUGGAGACGUUGUGGGCGCCUCUGAAUAUCAUUUCUCCCGCCACAAGAGGGAUGUCGACUCCCCAUCGGCAAGAGUGUCUUGAUUACCAGAUGAAUGACUCUAAUUUUAUGAAGAUGAUUCGCAUGAGCAGUUUUCUUUGCCAGAAAUAUAAGGAAGCUAUGAAAGGCGUCGCAGAAAGUGCCUCUGCUUUUGACAAGCUCAAUGAAACCGCCGAUCCUAUCAUGAUUGCAACAUGGGAAGAACAAGACCGAUAUGCACAUUCAUGUCGAGUCGCCGAUCCAUCGGUGAUGGAUGUAUUUGAAGUUCAGUUAAAGAGGGCACCAACUCGGAAGCAGCAGGAGCUAGCUUUGCUGUCCUCCCGGGUAGGCCGAUUGGGUGGGAAUCUGCAACGAGGUGCUGCUACAUGGAUUGCAUCCGGCAUUACCAUAGAAGAGAUGCAGAUCGCGCUGACUAUGGAUACUAGGAGGCUUGGCAGACACCCCACGGAAACCCAAACCUUGGAUAUAUGCAGACGUCGGACAAAAUUGCAAAGUCGGAUAGAUGAGUUUACAACAGUGGCCGCGACACAUCUCGGCGAGGGCUUUGACAUUGAUGAUGAAAUCAGAGAUCUUCACUUGGACUUCAUGGAUGACGAUUCAGAAGAUGAAGGGAUUAAUGGCAGUGAUACAGAAUCCGAACCCGAAGCACAUGGACGUCGGCUGCGGGAUCUCUUCUACCCCGAGAAGACCGUGAUACCUCUGCCAUCUAAUUUCGGCGUAGCACGCUGUGCGGAGCUGGGAGUUGAACACCUCAUUGGUCAGGAAAUUGCACUUCGGGAAGGUCAGGCCAACGAUGCCUUGCAAGCGAUAAGAAUGCAUCUAGCGGAUAAGGCUGUGCUCUUUCGUACCGCCGUGCGUCCGGCGAAAUCACAAGCCAAGUCAACGAGGGCAUGGACGCAGGUUCAUUCGGUUGAAAGGGUCAUCCGACUCAACACGAUGAUUUAUAUGAAAUGUCGGGCACAACUAGGAAACCUAGAUGCUCAUGGCCUACUUAAGAAGUAUCUCCGGAUGGAAAAGUGCCAUCUCAAAACCACUGCUGCUGUGGCGGACCCGAAUGCCCGGGGGCAGCGAAAUGCAACUCUCCCGUGGUUCUGGUCGCUAGACGUACAAGGCGAUUCUGUCAGCAGCGAUUGGAUGAAUGAAUUUUACAGGGUUCAUUGGCUUCGCACGAAAGCAUUACACGACCGAUGGGCGGAAGAACUCAUACUCGUUGAACAUGAAAUGGGGUGGACUCUGGAGUUUUUCCUCUUCAAAGCAAGCACGUGGUUGACAAGGCUCACAUCGAAUGGAGAGGCACAAACGGAGGGACACAAGUGUUAUGCGAUUCGGCAGGCCCAUAUGUACCAAGAACUUGCCAAACACGCACAGGCUGGCUUUAUAAAGACAAAUCCAACCUUCCGGCCAAUUUCUUAA